CAUAUUAAGAUUAUAUCUAAGACAGAUCGAUAUUUUUGUGCAAAUUACCAUUUUUUUGGAUAUAUACAUCAUGUUGAAGAAACUCAAGUGCAUGGAGGCAGUCCAGGCAGCCGCCGCAGCGGCAGCAGCCACCACCACCACCACACAACCAGGACCAGCGUCCGAAAACAGUCCUGGCGGGGGAUCCACGGCUUCCAAGUUGAUCAAAUCGGAGCCCAUCGACUUUGAGAUGCUGCACCUGGAGGAGAAUGAACGGCAGAAGCGGGAGCGGGAAAGGGAGCCCAGCAGCAGUCAUAGUCCUGCCCCGGCCAGCCAGCAGAGGUAUACCCAUGUGCAGGUGCAGACGGUGCCCCCAAGGCAGCCCACAGGCCUCACCACGCCAGGAGGCACCCAGAAAGUGAUCCUCACGCCCCGGGUGGAGUAUGUGCAGCAGCGGGCCACCAGUUCCACGGGCGGCGGUGGUGGUGGCGCCUCCGUGAAGCACAUUUUCGCGCAGCAGUCGCGCUCGUCUCCCCUGGAAACGGCAGCUCUUCUGACCACCAGCUCGGGCUCUCCGCAGAUAAUCAUCACCCGCACUCUGCCCUCCAAUCAGCACAUGUCGCGGCGCCACUCGGCAAGUCCUUCCGCCCUGCAGCACUUGCAGCAUCAACAGCAACAGCGCCAGCAAUCGCCACCCCCCCUGCACCACCAACAACAGCAGCAACAACAGCAGCAACAACAGCAGCAGCAUGUGCGGGUGAUACGCGACGGGCGACUGUACGAUGAAGCCACUGUGGUGGUGGCAGCUCGCAGGCAUUCGGUUUCGCCACCACCGCUGCACCACCACUCGCGAUCAGCGCCCGUCUCCCCGGUGAUCGCCAGACGAAGCGGCGGGUAUCUAGAGCAGCAGUAUCAGCAGCGCCAGACGCCGCCCUUGGCACCUCCUCCGCCCCCACCUCCGCCACCACCUCCACCACCACCCCCACAACAACCACAGCAGCAGCAGCAACAACAGCAGCAGUAUAUCUCUAGUGGUGUGGCACCACCCACUGCAGCAGCUAGAAAGUUUGUGGUCAGCACCAGUACGCGACAUGUCAAUGUAAUCGCCUCGAACCACUUCCAACAGCAGCAGCAGCAACAUCAGCCCCACCAGCAACAUGUGAUUGCCAGCGUUAGCUCCAGCAGUGGAGUGGGUGGUGGAGGCGCCUCCAACUCCGUUUCAGCCAGCUCUUCUUCUUCGCACAUCUUUCGCACGCCCGUCGUCUCCAGCAGCAGCAGCAACACCAGCAACAGCAACAUGCAACAUCAUCAGCAGCAACCAUCGAACCUUGGCAGUGCAGCAAUGCGACCACCUCCUCCACCACCACCACCCAAGGUCAAACACGCCUCCAGCUCCAGUAGCAACAACAACAACAAUAACAGUAGCAGCAGCCACACCAACAACAACAACAUCAGCAAUGGCGAGGAGCCGUCUAGUUCGAUUCCUGAUCUAGAAUUCGAUGGCACUACGGUGCUGUGCCGGGUUUGCGGUGACAAGGCCUCCGGUUUCCAUUACGGCGUGCAUUCCUGCGAGGGUUGCAAGGGCUUCUUCCGUCGCUCCAUCCAGCAAAAGAUCCAGUACCGGCCGUGCACCAAAAAUCAGCAGUGCAGCAUUCUGCGCAUCAACCGGAAUCGGUGUCAGUAUUGCCGCCUGAAAAAGUGCAUCGCCGUGGGGAUGAGUCGCGAUGCUGUGCGUUUUGGACGCGUGCCGAAACGCGAAAAGGCGCGCAUCCUGGCCGCCAUGCAACAGAGUACACAGAAUCGCGGCCAGCAGCGUGCCCUUGCCACCGAGCUGGACGAUCAGCCACGCCUACUGGCCGCUGUGCUGCGCGCCCACCUCGAGACCUGCGAGUUCACCAAGGAGAAGGUCUCAGCGAUGCGGCAGCGUGCCCGCGAUUGUCCCUCCUACUCCAUGCCCACUUUGCUGGCCUGUCCACUGAAUCCCGCCCCUGAACUGCAAUCGGAGCAGGAAUUCUCGCAGAGAUUCGCACACGUUAUCCGCGGUGUCAUUGACUUUGCCGGCAUGAUACCCGGCUUCCAGCUGCUCACCCAGGACGAUAAGUUCACGCUUCUGAAGGCUGGACUCUUUGAUGCGCUCUUUGUGCGUCUGAUCUGCAUGUUUGACUCGUCGAUCAACUCCAUCAUUUGCCUGAACGGCCAGGUGAUGCGACGAGAUGCCAUCCAGAAUGGAGCCAAUGCCCGCUUCCUGGUGGAUUCGACCUUUAACUUUGCGGAGCGCAUGAACUCGAUGAACCUGACGGAUGCGGAGAUUGGACUGUUCUGCGCCAUCGUUCUGAUCACACCGGACCGACCCGGUCUGCGCAACCUGGAGCUGAUCGAGAAGAUGUACUCGCGGCUCAAGGGCUGUCUGCAGUAUAUCGUGGCCCAGAAUAGGCCCGAUCAGCCCGAGUUCCUCGCCAAGCUGCUGGAAACGAUGCCCGAUCUGCGCACCCUGAGCACCCUGCACACCGAGAAGCUGGUCGUCUUUCGGACCGAGCACAAGGAACUCCUGCGCCAGCAGAUGUGGUCCAUGGAGGAUGGCAACAACAGUGACGGCCAGCAGAACAGCAAGUCGCCCUCGGGCAGCUGGGCCGAUGCCAUGGACGUGGAGGCGGCCAAGAGCCCACUGGGCUCUGUCUCGAGCAGCGAGUCCGCUGACCUCGACUACGGCAGUCCGAGCAGUUCGCAGCCCCAGGGCGUCAGCCUACCCUCGCCGCCCCAGCAGCAGCCCUCGGCUCUGGCCAGCUCUGCUCCGCUCCUGGCAGCCACCCUCUCCGGUGGAUGCCCCCUGCGGAAUCGGGCCAACUCCGGCUCGAGCGGGGACUCCGGUGCCGCUGACAUGGACAUCGUCGGCUCGCAUGCGCAUCUCACCCAGAACGGGCUGACCAUCACCCCGAUUGUGCGCCACCACCAGCAGCAGCAGAUCAGCCACUCCCAGCAGCAGCAACUCCACCCGCAGCAGCAGCAGCAACAACAGCAGCUGCACCACCAGCAGCACCCGCAGUUGCACCACCACUUGACAGCCGGAGCGGCCCGCUACCGCAAGCUGGACUCGCCCACAGAUUCGGGCAUCGAGUCGGGCAACGAGAAGAACGAGUGCAAGGCGGUGAGUUCCGGUGGCAGCUCCUCCUGCUCCAGUCCGCGCUCCAGUGUGGAUGAUGCCCUGGACUGCAGCGAUGCCGCCGCCGCCCAGGUGGGCCAGGUAGUGCAGCAUCCCCAGCUGAGUGUGGUGGCCGUUUCUCCGGUCCGUUCGCCCCAGCCCUCUAGCAGUGGCCAUCUGAAGCGCCAGAUAGUGGAGGACAUGCCGGUGCUGAAGCGCGUCCUGCAGGCUCCGCCCCUCUACGACACCAACUCCCUCAUGGACGAGGCCUACAAGCCGCACAAGAAAUUCCGCGCCCUGAGGCAUCGCGAGUUCGAGACCGCCGAGGCCGAUGCCAGCAGCUCCACGUCCGGAUCGAAUAGCCUAAGUGCCGUGAGUCCGCGCCAGAGUCCCAUCCCGAACAAUGUGGCCACGCCCCCGCCCCCGGCAGCCAUGUCAGUGGGCUCCAGUCCGGCGCCGAUGGGAGCCAGCACCGCCCAGAGCCAGCUGCACAUGCACCUGACCCGCGGCAGCCCCAAGGCCUCGAUGGCCAGCUCGCACUCGGUCCUGGCCAAGUCCCUGAUGGCCGAGCCCCGCAUGACGCCCGAGCAGAUGAAGCGCAGCGACAUCAUCCAGAACUACUUGAAGCGCGAGAACAGCACGGCGGCCAGCAGCACCACCAGCGGCAGCCUAAUGGUGGUUGGCGGCAACCGCAGUCCCAGCAGCAGCAGCAGCUCCACCCCACCGCCCUCGGUGGGCCAGCAGCAGCACCAGGCCCAGAACCAGCCGCAGCGGUGGGGCAGCAGCUCGGUGAUCACCACCACCUGCCAGCAGCGCCAGCAGUCGGUGUCGCCGCACAGCAACGGCUCCAGCUCGAGCUCCAGCUCCAGCUCUAGCUCCAGCUCGUCCUCCUCCUCCUCCUCAUCCUCCAACUGCAGCUCCAGCUCGGCCGGCAGCUGUCAGUAUUUCCAGUCGCCGCACUCCACCAGCAACGGCUCGAGUGCUCCGGCGAGUUCCAGCUCCGGAUCGAACACCACACCGCUGUUGGAGCUCCAGGUGGACAUUGCCGACUCGGCGCAGCCCCUGAAUCUGUCCAAGAAAUCACCCACGCCACCACCCAGCAAGCUGCACGCCCUGGUGGCAGCCGCCAAUGCCGUUCAGCGGUAUCCCACAUUGUCCGCCGAUGUCACCGUGACGGCAUCGAACGGAGGACCACCGUCGGCGGCGGCCAGUCCCGCCCCCAGCAGUAGUCCCCCGGCGAGUGUGGGCUCCCCCAAUCCGGGUCUGACCACCACCGUGCACAAGGUCAUGCUGGAGGCGUAAGUGGGUUGGAUGUAUGGAAAUGUGGGAGAGACAGAGACUGGGAGGUUGGGAGGCUGGAAAGGCAAGGAUCAGCAGGAUCUGAAGGAUCGGCAGAAGUUGAAUUAAAUUAUUUUACCUUUUAAUUGAGACGUGUACAAAGUUUGAAAGCAAAACCAACAUGCAUGCAAUUUAAAAACUAAUAUUUAAAGCAACAAACAAAACAACUACAAGUUAUUAAUUUAAAAUUAAUGAAAAAAGAAAAC